AUGGUAAAGACCGCGCGCGCGUCGAACUCGGAAAUACGUGUCGAGCCGCCCAAGUACAAGGGCGUGCGGUUGAGAAAAUGGGGGAAGUACGUGUCCGAAAUACGCCUCCCCAACUGCCGUGACCGAAUAUGGCUCGGCUCGUACGACACGGCCGAGAAGGCCGCCCGGGCCUUCGACGCCGCCCUCUUCUGCCUCCGUGGGCCGGGAGCCAAAUUCAACUUCCCGGAGGACCCGCCGGCGAUACAGGGCCGCCAGGGUCUGAGCCCGGCGGAGAUACAGGCCGUGGCCCAGGACUACGGCAAUAAUAGCCAUUCCGACUCGGGAAAUAAUGAUCGGCCGCGUCUGGUGCGGGCCGAGCGGGAGGAAAUAACGUCGCCCUCUUCGAAAUCCGAUGGGAGCUGGCCGGUGGACUCGAUCGACUGGUCGUUCCUGAACGUGCUGGACUCGGACAUGGGCCGUGUUUCGGAUUUCGGGCUUUUUCACGAGCCCGGCGAUAUGUACGUGCCUCCACAUUUUCCAAGUAAUAAUGAUGGUGAUGACGGGGACAAUGGUUACGAGUAUGGGGGCAGUGGUAAUGUGCAGAAUUUUCUCUGGAACUUCUGA